AUGAGCGCGGCAGUGACGGGGGUGGUCAAGGUCUCUCCGAGCCCGGGCCGCGGCAAGGUUGGCAAUGGCGGCCGCCGCCGCCACGGGCACGCGUUCCGCAGCAACAGCGUCGGCCGCUCCUCGGCCGCCGCGCAGUCCGCCAUGGCGGCUGAGGUAGCCGAAGAAGCGGGCGGGGAGCCCUCUUCGCCCAAGGUCACCUGCAUUGGCCAAGUCCGGGUCCAGCACAAGAACCCGCCGAGGGAGAAGAGGCCAGCGGCCCCGUGGCGGAGACGCUUCCGCAACGGCGCCGCGCUCCUCGGCUUCUUCGCGGCCUGGAAGAAGCCCACGUGGUUGGGCGGGAUCCAGGGCAGCAAAGAGGGCGAGAAGAGGCCCAAGUGGUCCCCUGUCGACGUGUCUCUCUUUCCAGCGGCUGAGUCGGCGGCGGCGGAGGAGGAGGAGCUGGAUGAGGAAGACGAAGACGAAGACGAGGAGGGGAGUGUCCCCGAGGCGCGGCGGCCACUGGUCCUGACUCGCUCUGCAUCGGAGCCAGGGAGGAGGAGGAGGAGAUCGACGACGUAG